AUGCAGCCUGUCCCCGCGCCCCCGCACGUGCAGGCGCCGCAGCCCCCCACCCGACCGAGCGCCCGGCCACCUCGUGCCCUGCGCCCUGGCCCCCCCGGGCGCCACCGUGCGGGACCCCAGCUCGUGCCCCGGGCGCCCCAGACCGAGGCCGCGGUCGCAGUGGCCUCUCCUGUCCCCUGCCGGCCCGGCAGCGGGGCCUUCAGAGGCCGCCGGGGCCCCGUGGCGGAGGGCACAGGCCCAGGGGGCGGCCCUCCCUCCCGCUCCGGGCUCCCUGCCACGGCUGCCCUGUGGGAGCUGCCGCGGCCCGAGCGGCUGGGGAGGCAGGGGCAGGCCGGCGCCAGGCCUCGCUGGCUGCCCGGGCAGCCGCCUGUCUGGCCUGGGAAGGCCCCGCGGCUCCCUCAUCAGAAAGCGGGGACCGUGGCGGAGGGCCUCGGAGGUGGCUGCGGUGCCGGGAGGGCCUGUGGCCUGGCCGGCGGAGGCCCUGGGGCUGUGCCCGUGGGCCUGCGGUCCCCUCCCGCACCCGGCUGCCCUGUCCAGGCCUGUCCUGCCCAGACUGUCCUUGGUGCUGGCGUCCAGAAGAGCAUCCCGGGCCUGUGGCACGAGGACCCAGAACUGGCCCUGAACUGGCCGCCUGAUACCACAGGACCUAUGCAGAGGCCACGAGUCUCGGUUUGGACCGAGGGAAAACCCAGGAGCACCCACCACGUGGAGGGAGGCCUUGUGGAGGAGCUUUGGCUGGGCCAGGAGGGCUUCUCGGUGGAGGGGACACCAGAGCAGAGCCCCAGGGCCAGCAGGAUCUACCACCUGCAGGCCACACUGUUCCUUGGCUGUGGGGCUCUUGGGGUGGCGGCUGGAGGCUGUGCCAGCCCAGGACUUGAGCCCAGUGAGCUCCGGUGGGGCUCGGCCGCAGAUGCCCACCCCCCGUGGCGAGGCGAUGCCUUGAGGAAGCUGCGCGCCUCUGGUUCCCGAACGGACUCUGCGGACCCCAAGCCUCCGGACCACGGCAGGAGAUGCCCCCCCGCCGCCCCGCAAGUGUGUCUCAGCUGGAAGUCAGCCCCCCGGGGCCUCCCGGCCUUCCCGACCUCAGUCCCACCUCCGGUGCAGGAAGGAACGGCGGCCUCCGUCCCCUCCAAGGCGGAGUGCGGGGGGCGGGGCGGGGUCCGCCGCGAGCCUCUCACUUCCGCCGGACGCGCGGCUCGGGGCGGAUGGAGGCGGCGCGGAAGCCGCGGCCCGGGCUGCGCCGCCGGAGGCCGUCCUCGGGGGCCGGGUGAGGCCGGAGGCCGCGGGGAGAGAGGGGUGGGGCGGGGCCGGCCGGGGGCGGGAGAGGAGGCCCGCGUCCCCCGGCCGCUCUGGGGCCCAGGGCCGCGCACCCACGUGUUUCCCGGAACCCGACUCGGUUCCGCGCCCGCCCGGCCGCCCCCUCGGGCUUGUCCCCCCCAACCCCUCUCCCCCGCCGGGGCCCCGCUGACUGCUCCGCGCUCCCGCAGCGGCCGCGGGGGGCCCCUCCCGGGGGACGGCGGCGAGCGCGCGCGGCCGUGGACGGAGCUGCUGCGCGCCGCGAGCGCGGAUCUGAGCCCCGACGGAGAGCUGCCGCCGCUGCCCGCCUUCCCCGGCCCGGAGCCCGGCGGCGGCCCGGAGCGCAGCGCGGCCCCCGAGGUGUUCACCGUGGGAGGCCGCACCUUUCCCUGGACGCCCUUCCCGCCGGCCCCGAGGGGAGAUGGGGGCCCAGGACGAUCCUCCCGCGUGCUCCUUGGGGCCCGGGGACGCUCGGGGUCCCCGGCCCGGUCCCCGCAGCGAAGCCCCGCGCCGGAGCCCCGCGGGACCCCCGGCGCCCGGGAGCAGCUGUGGGACGCGGCGCCGACCUUGCGGAGCUGCCCCAUGUGCCAGGCCGACUUCGCCCCCGGUCAGGACGUCGAUCGCCACCUCGCCCAGUGCCUGGCGGAAAGUGCAGAAGACGUGGUGUGGUAAGCCGACGAGCCGCCAGCGCAGCCCCUGCAGAGGCCCGGGCCCUCGGCCAGAACCAUGUCCUCCGCCUUGAAAGCCACGUAUUAAAAGUGUGGACUCGGGGCACCUGGGUGGCUCAGUGGGUUAAGCUUCUGCCUUCGGCUCAGGUCAUGAUCUCA